AUGGCACAUUCUGGCGGUGACACCGUUGCUAUGGAGGACUUGGUGUAUGACUUGCCAGAAGAGGGCGAAAUAAAGGAAGGCGGAACGGCUCGCGACGUUAGACGCAUUUCAGAAAUUGAAGUCGAA